GCGGAGCGGCGGGAGCGGGGCCGCGGCCGGGACCGCCCGGGGCAGGUGCCUCCGGACCCCCCGGCCAGGCUGACGCCGCCCGCUGGGGCCGCCCAUGCGGCUGUGAGAGGACGGGGGUGGCCGGGCCCCCCAAGGGCCCCCCCAGGGCCCCCCCAGACCGCCCAGGCUCCGCAGCCAGCCCAGGCACCAUGACCUGUCCGGCCGCUGAGGGACACCCGGCACCUGGGGGCCACCAAGAGACCAAAGCCCACCUGGGCUCCGUGGCCACCAGAGGAUCCGUGGCCAGCUGGACCUCUGCGGUCAGCCAGGACCACCGAGAGACUAAGGCCCACCUGGGCUUUGUGGCCGACCAAAACUUCGUGGGCAACCAGGACCACGCCGAGCCUGGUGCCGGUGGUGGCUCUGUGGUGCUGUUGGACUCCAAGAUCUCCCAAGGCUCUGAGGAGCACCUGGGGACUCGGGUCAGCCAGGUCUCUGUGACCCACCUGGCGUCUGUGGCCACCCAGGACCACCUGGAGAUUGAGGUGCAUCAGGAAUCCGUGGCCAGCCGAGGUUCUGGGGGCAACCAGGAGCACCCAGAGCCCGACACCAACGUCCCCUUGGACUCCAAGGUCAACCAGGGCUCCGUGGGUCAUUUAAACCACCAAGACCACGCCCCCUCCCAGGCCUCCGAGGACCCCCAAGAGCCCAAGGUCACCCAGGGUCCUGUGGCCAACCAAAAGACCAAGGUCAACCAAAGCCCCACGGCCCCUCUAGAGGCCAAGGUCAACGAAGACCCUGUGGUGUGCUUAGACUUGAGGGUCCACCAAGCCCCUGUGGCCACCCGAGCCCCCGAGGACCCCCGAGCCCCCCUGGCCCACCCGGACAGCCAGGCUGACCAGGCCCUGGUGGCUCUCACAGACUGGAACGUCCACCGAGCGCCCAUGGCCGAGCACAGCCCCGCGGACCCCCAAGGGACCGAGGCCAAGCCCGGCCCUCCGGACCCGAGGGUCCCCCCGGACACCGCGACCAAGGGACGCUGCCCGGGCACCGAGUGCCACCAACCCUACGUGCCCACCUGGGCCACCCCGGCCCCCCGCCCACGCGCCCAAAUCCCCUCAGGCGCCCGCCUGGGCCUGGUGCUGCUGACGCUGGGCUCCCUCCUGCUGCCCUGCGCCCGGGGCUCGGCGCUGGAGUUCGGGGGCGCCCCGGGGCAGUGGGCGCUACGGGGUGGCGCCGGGCGCUGGGGCCAGCUCAGCUUCCGCCUCAAGACCAACGUGACGCGGGCGCUGCUGCUCUACCUGGACGACGGCGGCAACUGUGACUUCCUGGAGCUGCUGGUGGCCGAGGGGCGGCUGAGGCUGCGCCGCCAUUGCCUGCGCCGAGCCGCCACGCUGGAGCCGCCGGCGCUCAGCGACGGCCGCUGGCACGCGGUGCUGCUGACGCGGCAGGCGCGGCACGCGGCGCUGGCCGUGGACGGCGGCGCGCGGCGGCGCGCCGCGCUCAAGCGGCCCGACAUGGCCGUGGCCAGCGACCUGUGUGGGGGCAUCCCGCCCGACGUGCCUUCGGCGCUGACGCUCAGCACCGUCAGGUACGAGCCGCCCUUCCGCGGGUGGGUGGCUGACCUGCGGGUGGGCGACGCGCCGGCCGCGCUGCUGGGCGGCCAGGGGUCCGGGGUGACGGGGACGAGCGCUGCGCCCACCACCCGGCCCUGCGCCCACGGCGGCCGCUGCACCCUGCGCCGUGGGGAGCCCCGCUGCGACUGCGCCGGCACCGGCCACCGCGGGCCCUUCUGCGAGGAAGAGGAAGAACCCGCGGUGGAAGGUCCCGCCCACCUGCGAGUCACCGGCCAAGGGCCCGCUGAGGUCGCCGAGGGGGGGCCCGGCCGCGGCGCCGGUGAGAUCCAGCAAGCAGCGAAAGGCCGCGCCGAGUACGUGGCCACGUUCCGGGGCAGCGAGUUCUUCUGCUACGACGUGUCGCGGUCGCCGGUGCAGAGCAGCGCGGACGAGCUGGCGCUGGCGUUCCGCACGCGGCAGCGCCACGGGCUCCUGCUGCACACCGGCCGCGCCGCCGACUUCCUCAACCUGUCGCUCAAGGCCGGCGCCGUGUGGCUCGUCAUCAACCUGGGCGCCGGCGCCUUCGAGGCGCUGGUGGAGCCCGUCAACGGCAAGUUCCACGACGGCGGCUGGCACCACGUGCGCGUCACGCGCAACCUGCGGCAGCACGCAGGGAUCGGACACGCUAUGGUGACCAUCUCCGUGGACGGCAUCCUGACCACCACGGGCUACACGCAGGAGGAUUUCACCAUGCUGGGCUCCGACGACUUCUUCUACGUGGGGGGGUCCCCCAACACCGCCGACCUGCCGGGGUCCCCCGUCAGCAACAACUUCAUGGGCUGCCUCAAGGACGUGGUUUACAAGAACAACGACUUCAAGCUGGAGCUGUCGCGGCUGGCGCAGGAGGGGGACGCGCGGGUGACGCUGCACGGGGCGCUGCUCUUCCACUGUGACCCCCCCCCGGCGCUGGACCCCGUCACCUUCGCCACCCCCCAGGCCCACCUGGCGCUGCCCACCUGGCGCCCGGCCCGCUCCGGCUCCGUCUCCUUCGAUUUCCGCACCACGGAGCCCAACGGGGUCCUGCUCUUCGGGCAGGGACCCCCCCGCGACCCCCCUGGGGCCGCCCCCCGGGGGCCGCCCCCGCCGCCCCCCGAUUUCCUGGCGCUGGAGCUGCUGGACGGGCACCUGUACCUGCUGCUGGGCAUGGGCGCGGCCGGGCUGCGGCUCAGCGCCAGCGCCCGCAAGGUCACGGACGGAGAGUGGUGCCACGUGGACGUGCAGCGCGACGGGCGCAAAGGCUCGGUGUCGGUGAACAGCCGCAGCACGCCCUUCCUGGCCAGCGGUGACCGGGACGUGCUGGACGUGGGGGCCGAGCUGUACCUGGGGGGGCUCCCCGAGGGCCGCCCGGGCCCCCCCGCGCCCCCCGAGCUCUGGGCCGCGGGGCUGCGCCUCGGCUUCGUGGGCUGCGUGCGGGAUCUGUUCGUGGACGGGCGGAGCCGCGACGUGCGGGCGCUCCUGGCCGCGGGGGGGGCCCCGGGGGUCGCCCCGCUCUGUGCCAGGGACCCCCCCCGGCUGUGCGCCAGCGCUCCGUGUCGCAACGGGGGCACGUGUCGCGAGGGCUGGAACCGAUUCGUGUGCGACUGCCGCGGCACCGGGUACCUGGGGCCGCGCUGCGAGACAGAGGCGGCGGUGCUGAGCUAUGACGGCAGCAUGUACCUGAAGGUGCAGGUGCCGGGCGAGCAGACCGAGGCCGAGGACGUGUCCCUGCGCUUCAUGUCCCCCCGAGCCUUCGGCCUCGUCCUGGCCACCACCUCGCGCCACUCGGCCGACACCCUGCGCCUCGAGCUGGACGGGGGGCGCAUGAAGCUCACCCUCAACCUGGACUGUGUCCGCGUGGGCUGUCACCCCAGCAAGGGCCCCGAGACACUGUUUGCGGGGCAGCGGCUCGAUGACAACGAGUGGCACUCGGUGCGGGUGGCCCGGCGCGGGCGCAGCCUCCAGCUCGCCGUCGACAACGUCACCGUCGAAGGACAGCUGUCGGGCUCUCACACCCGCCUGGAGUUCCACAACAUCGAGACCGGCAUCGUCACCGAACGCCGCUUCCUGGCCGUGGUCCCGUCCAACUUCCUGGGCCACCUGAGCGGGCUGGUGUUCAAUGGGCUGCCCUACCUGGACCUGUGCCGCGACGGCGACAUCAGCUCCUGCGAGCUCAACGCCCGCUUCGGCCGCCGCGCCAUCGUGGCCGACCCGGUGGCCUUCGGGGGCCGCGGCUCCUACGUGGCGCUGGCCACGCUCCAGGCCUUCUCCUCCUUCCACCUCUUCUUCCAGUUCAAGACCACGGCGCCCGACGGCCUCAUCCUCUUCAACGGCGGCAGCGGCUCCGACUUCCUGGUGGUCGAGCUGGUCAAGGGGUACAUCCACUACGUGUUCGACCUGGGCGAGGGCCCCUCGCUCAUGAAGGGCAACUCGGAGCAGCCGCUGCACGACGGGCGCUGGCACGAGGUGGCCGUGGCACGGGAGGGGGGGGCCCUGCACGGGCUGCGCGUGGACGGGAGACCCGUGACCCAGCACGGGCAGGGCGCCCGCGGGCUGCAGCUCAAGGGUGAGCUGUACGUCGGGGGGUCAGCCCGGGGCUCCUGGCGCCUCCCGCGCCUCGUGGCCUCCCGGGGGGGCUUCCGGGGCUGCUUGGCCUCGCUGGACCUGAACGGGCGCCUGCCCGACCUGCUGGGGGACGCCCUGAGGCGCGUGGGGGACGUGAGGAGGGGCUGCGACGGCCCCAGCACGACGUGCGCCGAGGACUCGUGUGCCCACGGGGGCGUUUGCCUGCAGCAGUGGGACGGCUUCACCUGCGACUGCAGCAUGACGGCCUUCGGGGGGGCCGGCUGUGCCGAGCCGGGCACCACGUACAUUUUCGGCAAGGGGGGGGCCCUGAUCACCUACACGUGGCCCCCCAAUGACCGGCCCAGCACCCGCGCUGACCGCCUGGCCCUGGGCUUCAGCACCCGGCAGCGCGACGCGGUGCUGCUGCGCGUGGAGAGCGCGGCCGGCCUCGGCGACUUCCUGCAGCUCCACAUUGUGCAGGGGGCCGUGGGGGUCCUGUUCAACGUGGGCACCGAGGACAUCGCGCUGGAGGAGCGGGGGGCGGCCGUCAGCGAUGGGCGCUUCCACGUCGUCCGCUUCACGCGCAGCGGCGGCAACGCCACGCUCCAGGUGGACGGCGGCCCCCUGCACGAGCGCUACCCGCCAGGCCGGCAGCUGACCAUCUUCAACAGCCAGGCGCGCGUGCGGGUGGGGGGCCGGGACCGCGGCCGCCCCUUCCAGGGGCAGCUCUCGGGGCUCUACUACAACGGGCUGAAGCUGCUGGCGCUGGCGGCCGAGGGACACCCCCGCGUGCGGCUCGAGGGGGACCUGAGGCUCGUGGGGGACCCCCCGCCGCCCCCCGCGCCCCCCGGCGCCACCCCCGCGCCCCCCGACAUGGCCACCACCAUCAUGGAGACCACCACCACCAUGGCCACGACCACCACCCGCCGCGGGCGCUCGCCCACCCUGCGCGACACCGUCGCCCAGAACACGGACGAUCUGCUGGUGGCCUCGGCCGAGUGUCCGAGCGAUGACGAGGACCUGGAGGAGUGUGAGCCGGGCACAGGCGGGGAGCUGGUGCUGCCGGCGUCCCCGGGCCCCCCCGCCCCCCCGCCGCCCCCCCGCGCCCCCGGGCUGCGGCCCCGACUGCGACGAGCCUCGGGCUUCGCCUCGGGGAGGCGGCGGACCCCGAGCCCGAGCCCGGCCACGCUCCCGGCCCCGAGCAGCCGCCGGCCGACGACGAGGACUUCGCGGGGCUGGGGGCGGGGAGCCCCGGAGGCCGCCGCCCCCCCGGCGGCCACGGCCGCGCCCCGCGGCGCCGGGACCGAGCCCACGGUGGCGGGCGCGGCUCCGCCCGGGCUGGUGCCGGCGGGAGAGCGGCACCCGCGGGAGGGCGCGGGCGGGGCGGCGGGGGGUUCGGCUCCUCCCGUGACCCGGCGCCCCCCCGUGCCCCCCACAGCCGCGCCCGGAGCGGUGGAGGUGGUGCGGGAGGCGGGCGGCACCACCGGCAUGGUGGUGGGCAUCGUGGCGGCCGCCGCGCUCUGCAUCCUCAUCCUCCUCUACGCCAUGUACAAGUACCGCAACCGCGACGAGGGCUCCUACCAGGUGGACCAGAGCCGCCACUACAUCGGGGCCGCCCCCGCCGCGCCCGGGGGGGGCCCGGGAGGGGCUCCCGGGGCCGCGUCCCCGACCCCGCCCGCCGGGACCCCCAAGGAGAAGGCGGCGGCCGCGCCCCCCAAGGCGCCGGGCAAAGCGCGGCGCAACAAGGACAAGGAGUAUUACGUGUGAGGGGGGGGGUCUCCACGCGUGUCCCCGACCCCCCCGGCCCCCGCCGCCAUCCCCGGGGGAUGUCACCUGCCCGCCCCCCCGACCCCGCCGCAGCGGGGGCGCCUCUGUGGUCUCUCUCUCUCUCUCUGUGUGUGUGUCCCCCCCCUCGACCCCGCCGCGGGAACCGGGGGGCGGCGCGCGUGGGGGGCGCGGGGGCGCGCGGGACCCCCCCGAGUGGGGUGUGGGACCCCCUCCUCCCUUCCGAGAGGGGCGCGGGAACCCCCCCCCUUCAAACCGCUCCCCUUCCCAACCUCGGAUCGGUUUUUUACCGCCCCCCCGCGCCCCCCUCCCCGGGUAUUUCUUUGGGUUUAUUUUUUAGUUUCGAGAGCCCCGAUUGGCGUCGGGACCCCCCGGGGUCCUGCCGGGACCCCCCAAAAGCCGCCCCGAAUCCCUCCGAGCCCCCCCGGGCCGCCCCCCCCGCCGCGCACAGAGGAAUACACGGUUCUAU